GACGCAGACCUGUGCAAUGUCAGGUGAAAUGGGAAGUGGAGCAGGAAAGGGAGGCGGAACUGGUGGCACAAUCCGAGAUGCUGGGGGUUCAUUUGGCAAGAUGGAGUCUGCGCAUGAGGAACAAUACUUUAGAAAAUUACAAGCAUUGCAAUUGAAGCAAUUGAAAGAACACCAUGAUGAGGAAAUAGACGCUCACGAAAAUGAAAUCCGUCGCCAUAACGAAGCUAUUAAAAGACUAAAGAAGAAAAAGUCCCAGAUUGAUGAUGCUGGCAGUGACAGUGAUUAACCCUUACGCUAGAGCUACAGGCCCGAGUGUGUGCGCAGAAGAAAAUUACAGUUCUUCAGAAAAUAGUUUAAUAAUUAAUAAAUAAAUUACAUAGAAUGUUUUUUAUUAAAUUUAGCAUUUAUUAUUGUGAAGAUUUCGUUUAAAGUGAGAUUGUAUCCAUAACACCAACAAAAACUCAAUAAUGAUUAACACAUUAUUGUCAUAUUUUAUUACUUUGAAAAAAUUUAAAUCAUGGCUAUUUGAGCACUGAUACAGUUGUUGCAUUAAAUUAUGAUCCUCAUAUAUUUGAA